CAAACUAAGCCCUUAUUGAAACCCACUGUAUUWAUUUCAAGUUUAUUUUACGAAAAACCGAAUGACAGUCACACAUUUUCUGCCCAUUCUUUUAUUUUUAAUGUACAGCGGGUUUUCAAAUGGGUACAUGACGGAAGACAGCGGUUGUCCAGGAAAUGUUUGCCAGAUAUCCGAGGACGAAGGGCCGUGCUUUGAUGAUGGAAAGUCAAAGCUGUACCGCUGGGAUCCAGUAAAGAUUGGUCACGUGCGCAAUCUGAGAUUAGAAGGAAACCAGACAUACAAGAUGAUCACAAGGGCUAUACAUCCACCUGUGUUCGAAAUACCUGACUUUUUAUCAUCGGACGAAUGUGAUCACAUCGUUAAUCUGGCAGUGAAAGCARGAAUGCUCAGCAGCGAGACUCUCAUGGAUCCUUUGAAUGCGGAACACUUCAAGUCUAUGAAAUCUACUGAAGGUCAUUCGAAUAGCACUGCCGGUUACUUUCGUUUCUGGGACAUUGACAAAGAUUAUGAAAUCACCAGAGAAGAGGUUAAAAUGUUCGCUGAGACAUACAAGUACUUGAUACUGGAGGAUGAAGACAUUGACGAGAUGAUAAAAAAGCUUGAUCUUAAAGAAAUGGAGGAUGGUAUCAUCGACUACGCUGAAUGGCAGAAUGUCCAAAAAAGAACCAAGGCUAUUGAUAUGUACUUGAACGAUCUUAAGCAGUACCACCCGCAUCACCGCGACAGAUACAGUGAACAAGUAUGGCUUCUACAGGGAAGAUAUUCUGACAACACAAUGAGAACUUUGAGAAAACGGAUUUGGAAGCUUACAAAACUACCAAAAGAAAUAGUAUACGGUGGCGAAUACUUACAAGUAGUACGAUACGACAAGCGAGGUCAUUACAAUGCUCAUUAUGAUAGCGCAAGAAGAUCCGACUUUCCUCAAGCCAAGUGCUGUCAUCUUAAAUCAAUGGAUGACGGUUCAUUUUGUAGGGUGUGCAGAUACAUAACUGUCCUGUAUUAUCUCAAUGACGUCGAGGAAGGAGGAGAAACAGCUUUCCCGGUGGCUGACGCAGAGAACUUCAACGAAACGGAAUACAGAGACCGCAGGAAGGGAGAUCUCUACAACUUAAGCAAGUACUGCCAUUCAGCAAACCUCGUGGUUCCUCCCAAGAAAGGUAAAGCCAUAAUGUGGUACAAUUUCUUACAAGACGAGAAAACUGGAUGGAUGGGACCACGUGACGACAGAUCUUUACACGGCGGAUGUGACGUCAAAAAGGGACAAAAAUUCGUGGCCAAUAAUUGGCUAACAGCACCGGAAGCUGAUUCAGCUCAUUUGAAAAGUUUUUAUCUUGACGACGAGGAGCUAGCGGAAGUUUGAUUGAUCUGUCGURCAAUCUGUAUUAAUUGGAAGAUGCGCAUGCAGGCUUAGCUUUUGGAGAGUAACUGAAUGAAAGCUUGACUAGUUUUGAAUAGGAAGAACAGUUAUAGAGUGCUGUGCGCUACAAAGCAAGUAGAUGGCAUUAUUAAGAGUAUUGUAGUGACAAAUAUUGGUGCAUGAAGAUGCUGCAUGUUUCGGUGGUUUGUGGCUGUGCCGCAUUAAAAACGGCAAAAAAUGGAAAAGAAAGAAGGAUUGAAGAAUGUUUAAAGAAAGAAGAAAGAAAGCGACGUAAGAAAGACUGAACUACAGAUUAAGGAAGACAGGCAGACAGAUAUAAAAAAGAAAGGUGAAAAAGACAAGAAAGUUGCUUAAGAAACUGCGGUUAAACCAUUCACGAAACUAAGAAUCAAUUCUUCUGUGUCGAAAUUAGGAGAAAUGUAUUAAUUACCAAGAUGCAUAUAUCUGAGCUUAUCUGUCUUCCUUCCUGUAUAUAUAUAUCCUGUGUGGCUUGGUUUGCGGACAGCUGGAUGCGGACAGUCAUAUAAAUUGUCAGAGGCGACCUUCAA